CAAGUCACGGGCCAAUAGAAUCAGCUCCCGCAACAUGGGGGUAACCAGCGCGCGAAGCAGGGAAUCAUUACCUCGGUCCCGACGGCCACCGGAAACUUCCGACAAGACGACGGAACUUGGGAGUCGCGAGAGAGGAUUUCAAUUUAGCAAAUAAAUCAGGAAUAUAUAAUUAAAAUUAAUAGAAAUUACAGAUCGCUCGCUCUCUCUUUCUCUCUACUCUUUGAGAGCUUUGGAGGCGUAUUGCAAUUUACAGAGAAAGAGAGAAGAGAGGAACCUGUUGUAAAAUUCUGGUUGGCGGGAAAUCGAAACCUAGGGAGAGAGAGACCGAUGGGGGUUUCGGAGAAUACAAAGGGGUUGAUACUGGCGAUGGCGUCGAGCGCCUUCAUCGGGGCGAGCUUCAUCCUGAAGAAGAAGGGUCUCAAGCGUGCCGCCUCCGCCGGCACCCGAGCAGGAGUUGGUGGGUAUGCAUACUUAUUAGAACCACUCUGGUGGGCUGGCAUGAUCACCAUGAUUGUUGGGGAAGUUGCCAAUUUCGUGGCUUAUGUAUAUGCUCCGGCACUUCUUGUAACCCCACUUGGUGCACUGAGUAUAAUCGUCAGUGCUGUUUUGGCUCACUUCUUGUUGAAGGAACCAAUAACAAAAAUGGGUAUUGUCGGAUGUGUUACCUGCAUCGUGGGAUCAGUUGUGAUUGUGAUCCAUGCACCUCAGGAGCAUAGUCUAAAUUCUGUAGAGGAAAUCUGGGUCCUGGCGACCCAAACAGCCUUUUUGAUUUAUGUUGCAGUUACAAUUUCCCUAGUGUUAGUUUUGGUCUUGCAUUUUGAACCUCGGUAUGGACAAACGAACAUACUGGUCUAUUUGGGAAUCUGUUCCUUGAUGGGUUCACUUACGGUUGUCAGCAUAAAGGCAAUUGGAAUUGCUAUAAAGCUAACUCUUGAGGGAGUAAGUCAGAUAGCUUAUCCACAGACAUGGUUUUUUCUGACAGUUGCAAUAAUCUGCGUUGUUACACAGUUAAAUUACCUUAACAAGGCUUUGGAUACAUUCAAUGCUGCAAUUGUUGCCCCAGUAUAUUAUGUGAUGUUCACAACUCUGACCAUAAUUGCUAGUGUAAUAAUGUUCAAGGAUUGGUCUGGUCAGAAUGUGAGCAGCAUAGCCUCUGAAAUAUGUGGAUUCAUCACUGUGCUGUCAGGAACCAUCAUACUCCAUGGAACAAGAGAUCAGGAACCACCUGCUCCACAACCACAAGGAACUGUAACAUGGUACAUUAGAGGAGAUUCAGUGAAGAGUUCUGAAGAUGAACGUUUGCUCACUUUACAGAAUUCACAUUAUCCUGAACCGUAAUACCAAUUUUAAUCUGCAACAGUCAUCUUGAAGAAUGCAAUCCCAAGCAAUGAAGCUGCACUGCAACUAUCAUUUUGAUAGGAGUUAGUCUGUGGGCAUCCAGCACGUUGCUAACUAUUUUACCCUUACUCUUCUAAAAAACAUUGCACUCCCAUCCACCGUCCCCUUUCGUCCCCUUCCUCCAUCCCAUCACUGGCCUGUUUUUUAAUUUCUUUUCUUUAGCAAUGUGUUGGGUGCCAAUAGAACCACCCUUUACAGAGUGUUUGUAGAUGGGGAGUUCCUGGUUUCUUCUAGGCAGAUAUUGGAGCUAUUAGCAGAUUGCGGAGUUACUUUUAUGUGCUUCAUCGGCCAGCAGAUGAGGCCCUCAGUGAGUUGUGUUUGUGGCACCCCUCUGAAUGCUAAGUUCUGAAUCAUCCUCCGUCAGGAAUGGGGUUACAGUUCUGUAUCAAUAUCAGGGAAUAGAGAGACUUGUGAUGCUGGCGAUGUCCAAUCUCUUCACGACGGGCUAAUGGCAUCUGUACAUAAUGAUGCUCAGCUUCUCAUUCACUAGUUUCGUUCAUGAUCCUCGUUGAUAUCCAAAUGAGGUUGAUUGUUUCCUCUCUUUCUAGUGUGUAUCAUACCGGCAUUGAUAGAUUAUAGAAUAGAGCUGAUGGACAGAGUUACGUUUUAAUGGGCAAAUACUACAUGGAAUUUGUAAAUCUUGUAUAAACUCUUCAAUUUUGGGUUUUCUUGUCAAUGAGUUUUCCUUUUUUUCUGAAAGAAAAAAAAGACAUGGAUGGCUUCACUCACAAAUGUGAAAUGUCCAUCUACAUAUAUCCGAAUCUGCAGAUUGUGCAAUA